CGAUUUGUUUCGUUUCGCUGGGUUUCGCCCUUUCCCAGGAAAAACCGGGCCUCGUCUUAAUCAAAUCUGAGAUUUCCAAUUCUUCAUCGCUUUCUUUUCCCCUCCUCCAACUUCCUUCCCCUCCCUCCUCUUUUCCUAUUGUUUCCAUCCCUGCUUCGUUCUGUCUUGCGCGCCGUUUCGGGAGUUGUGCUUUUUCCAGGUCUCUCUCGCAAGUCUUCUCUUCUCGUCGUUUCGUUUUGAGCUUUCUCGAGGUCUUUUCCAAUAUUCCCCUUGGAAGCCUAACGCCCAUCUCUUAGUUUUUGGGUUUACGAAGUUGUGCUCGCUACAUCUUACGGUCUCUCCUUAACGACUCCACGAAGUUUUUCAGGCCGUCUUAUAUUCCUACUUCGAUUUUCGGACAAGUUUGAUCUUUGCAAGCAACAAUGUCUUUCCAGAACUUCGAAUCCUUCCCCAACCAGGACGCCGCUGCCGCUGCUGGUGCCCCGGCCCAGGCCGACACCACCAUGACUGGCCAGGCUGACCCCGCCGGCGCUCCCUUCCAGGGUCCUCCCGGUGAUGCUGCCGCUGGUCCCGGCCCUCAGCAGGGUGCUGAUGGCAAGACCACUCUCUGGAUGGGUGAGCUUGAGCCCUGGAUUGAUGAGAACUUCAUCCGCAACCUGUGGUUCCAGAUGGGUGAGCAGGUCAACGUCAAGAUGAUCCGCGACAAGUUCUCUGGUAGGAGCAACGCUGGAUACUGCUUCGUGGACUUCGCUUCCCCCGCCGCUGCCGCCAAGGCCCUCUCCCUGAACGGCACCCCCAUGCCCAACACCAACCGUGUCUUCAAGCUGAACUGGGCUACCGGUGGUGGCCUCGCUGACCGCAGCCGUGAUGACCGUGGCCCCGAGUACUCCAUCUUCGUUGGUGAUCUCGGCCCGGAGGUUAACGAAUACGUUCUCGUCUCCCUCUUCCAGAGCCGCUUCCCCUCUUGCAAGUCUGCUAAGAUCAUGACCGACCCCAUCAGCGGCAUGUCCCGUGGCUACGGUUUCGUCCGCUUCUCCGAUGAGAACGACCAGCAGCGUGCUCUCACCGAGAUGCAGGGUGUCUACUGCGGCAACCGCCCCAUGCGCAUCUCCACCGCUACCCCCAAGAACAAGGGUCCCGGUGUCGGUGCUGCCAACAUGGGCGGCAUGCCCGGUCCCGCCGGCAUGUACCCCCCUAUGGGCGGUCCCCCCAUCGGCUUCUACGGUGCUCCCCAGCCCAUGAACCAGUUCACCGACCCCAACAACACCACCGUCUUCGUCGGUGGCCUCUCCGGCUACGUCACCGAGGAUGAGCUCCGCUCUUUUUUCCAGGGAUUCGGAGAGAUCACCUACGUCAAGAUCCCCCCUGGAAAGGGUUGUGGUUUCGUCCAGUUCGUCCAGCGCCACGCCGCUGAGAUGGCCAUCAACCAGAUGCAGGGCUACCCCAUUGGUAACUCUCGUGUCCGUCUGAGCUGGGGCCGUUCCCAGAACAACUCCGGCCCUGCCGGCAGCCCCUACCGUCCGGCUCCCCCUCCCCCUCCCAUGUACCCCUCCAUGGGCAUGCCCCCGGCUCACCAGUAUGGCGGGUUUGCCCCAAUGAAGUAAGCGCGUUCUUCUUUGAUUGAAAGCACCAGCAGGAGUUGUUUUUUGCAUCAUUCCAAUGAUGGGCCCCCCCUCUUCCUUUUUGUUUCUCCAUAACAAAAUUUGCUUUUCCCUCUUUCCCCCUCUCUCUGGUUUUUAACACCUGCCCAUAACGCUCCUAUACCUCUUGAUGAGCAAAUUUUCUCUCCUGUGCUACGCAUAUUUCGUUGAGCGCUUUUAUCUUAGCAAGAUCUGAGCCGUCUUCUUCUUACCUGUUUUCCCUUCCUCCCCCCUGUCGGAUCCAACGAUCCCGUUUCCUUAUGGUCUCUUAUUCUUUAUUCUGUAUCUCCAUCCAACCUUUCCACCAAAUUCGUACUGCCCCCUUGUUACCCCCCACGCUCGAUGCCCCCCUCUCCAAGUUUAUUUUAUGGUUAUCCUGCUAUCUUUCUUAUUUUCUCAAUCCCCGCCCUGGGGGUCCCGUUCGCGUGUAACGAAAGUCCGUAUUCUUCAUGCGUUUCUUUUUACUUUAUACUCCAUGGGCAGGCCUUCUGCGAAAAGUUCUAAGAUAUUCCAAUCCUUCGCAAGUCUUUCUUCCACUCUUAUCUUUCUUUUCCUAUGUCCGUUUCCGUCUCUACCUCUUUCUCUUGAUCGAGCAGUCAAAUU